AUGUGGAGCGCUAAAGCUCACGUGACAACGCGACCCCACAAGGUGAUAAGCCCUGCCAUCCACAACACUCUUGCGCUGGGUUCGGUAUCCGGUUCCGGCGCAACUGCCCUGACUCCGCGUGCCGGCUUGCUGCUGGCGGUUGGGUUGGUUCUUUGGCUUGCGGUUGGCUGUAGGCUGGUUGGGUUUUUGAGGACGCGGGCGACGUGCUGCACGGGACGAGUCAAGGCUGCUCGCGACAAGCCUGGGAUGGUAGGGUCCGUUGUAGCGACUUGCUACGGUGGGGAUCCGCUUUACCUUUCACAUACGACCAUAGGACGUUGA